UUCCACCCGUUUUAAAACUGCCGAGGAUCGCCUGAUCCUCACAGCUGCGCGAUCACAACUUGGAAACGAAAUUGGACGGUUCGCGAACAAAGAAAAAAGAUAAAUGUCUAUCUUUCGGCGAAAUUUUCCACUUUCGAAACGUUCAGAGCAGUUUAGCGACAUUCCAUUCGGCUGCAUCCACAUCUUGCGGGAUGCAAAGUAAUUAGCCCCUCAGUGCUAGUGUAAAGUCCCCUUCAAAUUUUCCACAAAAUCAAUUUCGCGAGUGCAAUAAUUUCGGCGGUGACGGAUUGCGGCUAAAAAUAAUUUUCACACAGCCGCUGCUGAAGACGCCGUUGAUACUACUAGUUCUAAUUGGUUAAUUUAUUGGACUUGAUUUUAAAUAAAUAAGGAGUUUGCUGUGAUAAAAUAUUCAUAAGAAGAUAUUUAUUGGACCAGCCUGUCAAAAAAGCACACAGUAAGAUGAUUAUGGCACUUGUGACGCAGAAAAGUCUGAUUUCCAAGUCAACUGUAGUCAUUCAAAGACAAAUGGCGUUGAGAAGGUGGCGGUCAACUUUGUACAACUCUCAGUGGACAGUUCAUUCUCAGACCUCGUCUUUGUUACAAGACGAGGCGAGGUGUUCCUGCAAUAGAGCAUUUUCACCAAGUUUUAUUGGUGUCCCUUUAUACACAGAAGGACUACUAUUUAGGCGAUCAAUCCACACCAGUAGUAUUUUGUGGGAAAAGGAGCCACUGAAGCCUUCCUCAAAGGUUGAAGCCUCAGUGCAGACCCUGAAGGAAUCACUGAAUGAAGAGAAAAAACCAGCUGCAUCGCAAAGUCUGUCACCUGCAGUGCCAAAGAAAUCAGUGUGGCAGAAAGUGAAGGAUGAACUGAUACAUUACUACCACGGGUUUAGGUUACUUUUUAUUGAUAUCAACGUGUCAAGAAAGCUGGUGAUGCGAAUCCUCAAUGGAAAGUCAUUAACUAGGAGAGAGCAUAGACAAUUGGUGCGCACUGUCUCAGAUUUGUUUCGGCUGUUACCGUUUUCAGUCUUCAUCAUUGUACCUUUCAUGGAGUUGCUCUUGCCAUUGGCCAUCAAAUUGUUCCCUGGAAUGCUACCAUCAACAUUCCAGUCUGCAACUGACAAAGAAGACAAAAUGAAGCAAUCUUUGAAAGUAAAACUGGAAAUGGCCAAGUUCUUGCAGCAAACUUUGGACAACAUGUCUCUCAAAGCAAAGGGCCACCACUCUGACGCAGCCAAAGAGUUUGUCCUGUUUUCAAACAAAGUAAGAAAUUCUGGUGAGACAGCAAGUGUGCAAGAAAUUCUCCGCUUUUCAAAGUUGUUUGAAGACGAAAUCACCCUCGAUUCGCUUUCUCGAGCUCAGCUCUCCGCUCUCUGCCGAGUGCUUGAAAUCAACCCUCUAGGCACAAAUAACUUUUUGAGGUUUCAACUGAGGAUGAAGCUUCGAAGUCUUGCUGCAGACGACAAGGUCAUCAUGAAGGAAGGUGUUGAAACCCUGACCGUACCUGAACUACAACAAGCGUGCAGAGCCAGAGGAAUGCGUGCCUACGGAAUGCCUGAGACUAGACUGAGGGCCCAGCUUAACCAGUGGUUGGACCUCAGCCUCAAUGAAAAAGUGCCUCCGUCACUUCUGCUAUUGUCGAGAGCCCUUCUCUUGCCUGAAACAAUUUCCACCUCGGAACAGAUUAAGGCAUCUAUUUCGGUUCUGUCCGAGUCUGCUGUAACCCAGGCCAAGGCUGCGAUUGGAGAACGAGAGGGCAAGGUUGACAAUAAGACCAAGAUUGAACUCAUCAAGGAAGAGGAGAGGAGAAUCCAGGAGGAGAGACAAGAAAGGAGGCAGCAGGAGAAUGAGGAAAAGUUGACAAAGGCAGAUAUUGCAACACCUCUGGAGACGGUUUUGGAGGUUGCCCAAUUCAAAACUACAGAGACACCAGUUGCUGAGUCUGCAAAGCCAAAGGAGCUCUCUUCCAAAGACUUUGAAUUCCUUGAAGAUGCUCUUGAUACUUUAGGCAAAGGUAAAAAGAAGUUGUUGGUUGAGAAGGAAGAGUUGCAGGACUUGAAGGAGGAGAUGCAAGAUUACAAAGAGGAUGUGCAAGACUUGCAAGAAGUCAUCAGCACUGCUGAUAAAACUAAGGUUACCGUGAAGGAGUCCAAGGGAGCGCAGGCACUUUAUAAGAGAGUCAACAAGAUGAUCAACAAAGUUGAUGGUUUGCUCUCCGAAUUGGAAAAGACCAAGAAGAAAGACAUCCAGGAGACACUUUCAGAUACUACCGAGCAAAAGGAGGAAAUGGUCUCUAUCUCUGAGUUGAUGUCUGCAAUUCAUCAAAUUCAGCAUGUCCCAGAUGCACAAAAAAUGGACAGCAUUGCUCAAGUACUAAGCAAAAUUGAUGACGACAGAGACGGAACAGUCCGAGUUGAUGAUGUACUCAAGGUCAUUGAGCUCAUCGGUAAAGAAAACGUUAAGUUGUCUGCUAAACAAGUUGAUGAGAUCAUCGAGCUGCUCGACAAGGAGGAGGAGAUUGAAAUUGAGCACCAGAUCGACAUGAAGUUGGAACACAAAUUUGAGGCUGACAACGACGCCCCUGUUGAAUCAAUUCCCAAAAAGGGCCAGCAGGUUCCAAUAAUUCCAAAACCAGCUCAGGAGAGCAGGCCAAAGGUUUAAGCUUGCAAUUCGGUUGCGUUUAAGUUUACUUCUGUUCAACUAUUCUUGUUGUUAGACUUUGCGCUUUCUGUACCAUACUUUGCCAGCCUGCUGGAAAUAAUUUAUUUUCAUAGUUACAAAUUUU